AUGAGUACAAUUGAUAAUAAUGAUAAAUUAAUUAGAUUUAGAUUGGAUGUGAAAGUUCCAGUCUUAUCUCAUACAGUGGAUACUAGUAAUCCAGUAUCAGAUAUUGUCAAGUGUCAAAUUCAUAAGAAAUUUAAUUCAAAUUUAAUUGAUAAAAGUCAAGAUAAUAUUCAAAAUUUCCAUAUAGAUUCAAUUUUCCAAAAUUUUUUCAUUACAACUAAAUUAAUCGAUGAUGAAUCAUUUGCUCAAAUUAAUCUCUUGCUUAGUGGAUUUGCUAAAUAUAAAUACUUAAAGAAAAUUAUUCCAAAAAGAUUCAUGUGGAAUUUUGCAAAUUCUCAUCCAGAACUUAUGAUACCAGGUAAUAAAGCUUAUAAUUUUUAUAAUUUUGAAAUGUAUAAGUUCUUCAUCAAGAUGCCUAUAAUUAAUAGGAAACAUCAUAAACAUAUAAAGAGAAUUAAAUUUGAUAGAAAUAAUAUUUAUCUUUCAUUAGAAGAUAGACUUAAAAGUUUCACAGUUGUUUAUAAUUCAGAAGCUUUAGAUAUUUAUGACAUAGAUCAAUUAUAUGAGAAUUUUGAAAAUAAAAUUGGUAUUAAAUUAAGAGCUGAACAUGAUAACUAUCCAUUAACUCAUGUUAAUAAAUUUCAUUUUUAUAAAAAGUUAUUCAAUUUAUUAAAUACAACAAAUGGGAUUGAACAAGGUGAUGAUAUUUAUAUUAAAUCUCAAUUAUUUGCCAGAGCUACAAUUAUACCAAUUCAAGAAAUUUUAUUAAGAUUGGCUGAUCAAAAAACUGAAUUAUCUUUUAAUAAAGUUAUAACAGAUGAUUAUUAUGUUGAUGGCUAUUCAAUUUAUAAAACUAGACCACAUAUUGUUUUUGGAUUACCUGAUAAACCAAAAAUUAUUAUUAAAAUUGUCGAAACUGGAACUUUAGAUAAAUUUGAACAUUCAUUAAAAUGGAAAAUUCCAAAUGAAAAAGUUGAUAAAACUAUUAAAACUUUAUUUUGUGAAUGUUUAAGUCUUAAUUUAACAAAUGGGAUUAUAACAAAUGGUAAAGAAUCAUUAUUUAUUCAAUUUCCAGAUUAUUCUAAUUCUUCUCAACAAGAUAUACCUUUAAGUUCUCAAUUACAACAUCAAAUUGAAUUCCCAGGUGUUGUUAAGUAUAAAUUCUUUAAAGGAGGUGAAUUAAAUAGUAGUCAUAGUAUUCAAAUGGUUAUAUUUGGAUUACUUUUCGAAGAUGAAUGUGAUUAUGAUUUAAAACCUUGGAGAAUUGGAUUAAUUAAGGCUAAAAAAUAUGAAGAAUUGCAAAGAAAACAGUUGAAACAUAAGUUAUGA